UGUUAUUUGACGUGAUAAGAAAUAAACAUGACUAUUACAAACCUAUUUAUUGUACUCAAUCUGGGCAGCGAGAUGAUCUACGUAAUUGAUCAGCGCUUGAAGGCACAGACGAUUCCUUUAGAUAAGUCAGCUCAAGUUUUACGAGAAAUCACAGAGGUGUUAUUGGAUCCCAAGUUUCUUCAUUACAUUUCUACCGCAUACCAUCAUAACAUGCUUACCAUCCAUCAGACUCGUAUCCUACUGACUGAUAUUGCUUGUUGCUCAUUAAUGCGACUUGAUGUUAAUUCUAUGGAUAAAUUAUGGGACUUAAUGAUAAUGAUAUUUAAGUGGCAAAUGUAUCUCACAAACAAAAGUCCCCAGGCACUCAUGGAUCUUACAUUUCGUCACUUAGAUGGUAUUGGUCGCUUGAUCCCAGAAAUGAGAAAACAAAUAAUGAUAGAUAGUGUAAAGAAAUGCAUAAUCGAAAUGUGGGAACCACUUUGUGAAGAUGAUCAAAUUAUUAUUCAUCGUCGUAUUUAUAAAUGGCUUAAACCGUAUGUAACAAAGAUUUCAAUUUUGAUUCGCAUGGGCUUACAAAAAUCAGAUGGAGAAUUCGAAACUGAAAUGACCAAUAAUGUUUUUUAUAAUUAUUACAUUAAUAAUAUUGGAGAGAACAUUUACGUAAAGACAGCAAAUAUUAAAGAUUGGAAAGAUCAGGUUGAUCAGACUGAGAAAGGAAUAGUGAAAUCGGACGAGUUGCCUACUGAGUGUCGUGAGCUCGACACACUUGUUCAACAAUUAAAUAUACAACAUGAUGCAGAUGAUACUGAGCCUCUUGCGAUAAAUGUACAGAAGUCCAGCUCGACUCAUAGAGGAUUGCAUGAAAUCGUAAUUGAUCAAGGCGUGAGUGGCGAGGUCAAAGUUAAUGAAGCUACUACCAGUAAUGAAAGUAAUUUAGUAAAGUUCAUGAAAAAAAUUAGAUUAGAAAAUGACGAAUUCGCGGUGAUGAAAGUGGAUACACAAAAUGUAAAUGAAGAACUUUUCAAAAUGUUUGAUAAUAAACUAGAUUAAGACAAGUAGUUUUUUGAUAAAUUAUGUCAAAUCAAUAUAAAAUGUUGAAUGAUGAAGCAAGAUUUACAAAACAAUUAAUAGAAUUCAUAAGAUAUAUAAGAUUAAUAAUGAUUUCACCCUAAGCUUUUAACCAGAAAGAUUGUGUCACAUACUAACUAUCCAUGAACUGUGUCUAUUGAAUUGUCGAGAUCAAUUCUAGUUUAUUUAUGACGUCACAAAAAAAACUAAUAAUCAAGUUCAUCUUGACAUCCGUAGGAGAACGAACGCAGUGUAUUAUUCGAGUUGCAGUGCACGUACGUUGUGCUCGUAUAUCAGGCUUGAUUUAGGUAUGGAUAGACCAGAGCUAUAUGAAAAAUAGAUGAGAAAAACAACAACUUAUGUAAGUGAGAACAAUAUGACCGAAUACGCUAGUAUUUCCGUUUAUUUACUUUUAUCGGACAAAUACAGAUGGCUACUGCUGUGGCUAAGACUAUAAAUGUGGCAAAACUGACCGGGAAAACAUACACUUGCUAUUUUUCGGCAUACUACUAGCAUAGAUACUAAAAUUUGUAGUUCGAGUAUUAUAUGAUUGUUUUAUAGUUCAUUGCAAUUAUUAAACAGUUUCCACAGCAUUGUUGGAUUGAUGAGCUGUUUAGAUUUUUUGACCAUUUUUUAUCAAUCCGAUGAAGUUUCCACUACACGAUCAAUAGUAUUGUCAAUACUCCUUGUAUUGACAAUAGUAUUGUCUCGUGUAAGGGCAGCUUCAGAUUCUCAAAAUGCUGCACAGAUUUUAAAAAUCCUUCUCAGCAGGCGGUUCUAUUUUGUUGGUCGAUGAGCGCAUAUUGAACGACAUACUGCACGAAAUAUUCGUUCAGUUUGCUGGAACGGUUUAUUGUUGUUUCUUCUCUUGCAAAAAUAGUAUGAAAUCUAGGUGUAAUCUUCAUAUAGAAAGAAGAUUUGUUGUUAUUCUACGUGAAGUAGAAGUAUU